UUUCGCCACCGAUGUUUUUGUCACGCGUCGUCGAUAUGUCACUUGAAUUGUUGUCUGUAGUUGAUGUUUAAUAAACUUGUUAAAUAGGAUCCAGAAAGUAAAUAAUGAUUUUGUAUAAUAGCUUAAAUUGUUUCCAAAUUUCAGUGUAAAUAAUAUACUGGUGACAUAUUUUUAAAGUAUAUUAAAUAGACCAACUACGGUUGGUCUUUCGACUUGCACUUUGUUUUGCUGGUGGUGGUGAACCAGCGGUUGCCGUUGGUCGAACACAAGAGAUCGCCUGCCUCGCGGGGUUGAUGUGGCUAGGUUAGAAGCCGUGACAGGCUGCCUAGCUUUCCCGUCGACUUUCGUUAAAGGCAAGCGAAGACCGUUGGACAAAGGGAAGCGUGAUGACUGAGAAGUCCAAAGAAAAUGGAGGUGGAAUGGAAACAGACAUGAAUAAAGAUGACAAACCCAAAGUCAUCAAGAAACUGAGCUCCAAAGAUGGAAAACCAAUUGGAACCUACACGAAGGCUGAAUUGAUGAACCUCUCAGAAAGCCCAGUCUCAAGAAAGAAACAUGCAUGUUUGGCUGAUGAAUUCUGCGACAAGAAUGGUGUCUGGGAUCCAGAACGGUGGCAUGCUUCAUUCAGCAACAAGUCAUCCAGGGGGAGUUCGCCAAUUGGCUUUGAGGGAAAAGAGAUCAAAAAGAAAACUCUUGACCCAAAGGAAAGAUUGAAAGAAGAACAGCGUGAUGGUAUUGUUCUAAGCCCACAGCGCCGCAGCUUUGUUCACGGCUGUCAGGUUAAUACGACAAGCAGCGACAACAGUGGAUCAAACCAAUCAAAUAACACAUAUGAUAGCCGAGAUGGACAUGAUCGGCCUCCUGUUCGUCGCAUUGGUAGUGGAAGAAUAAUUCCACGUGCUAGUCCUUCAGAUUACCAGGAUAAAGAUCGUGGACGUGGUCGGGAUAGCAGAGAUUAUCGAUACGAGUCACGUGGUCGUUAUGAUCGUGAUAAGAGGACAUAUAAAAAUAGUCGCGAAGAUGCCGAACCAGAAUGGUUCACUGGGGGACCAACCUCACAGACCGACACCAUCGAACUUCGUGGUUUCCAAGAUGCUAACAGUAGUAGGAAUUCUGCUGAGGAAAAGAAGAAAAAACCAGAGAAGGUAAAAAACAAGAAAGUAGAGCAAAAUGGAACUGGUAAGCAAGAAGCUAGAAUUUCUCCAGCACCUGAGGAACCAAAGGAAGAAAAGAAACCAGAGACUUCUGGUGGGACUAAAGAGUUUGACAUCAACCAGUUCUUCACCUUAGCAGAUAGUAUUGAGAAUAUUUCGGUUCCUAGUCAAGAUACAGUUGGAUCUGGCAGCAGGUUCAGUCAGUGGUUUUCCAGCAACAGCACAAAAUCUGUGUCUCCUGUACAAGAGAAACAAAUGGGAUUCCUUAGCGAACUGCAAGGUAGGCAUAGUCCCAACUUGUCAGCAUCUUUGUUCAUGCCUAUUAAACCUGAUAGGGAAACUGGCCCACAAUCCACCAGUGACAUCCUAGCAAUGUUGCAGCGCAGUAACAUGGGUCCCCAAAGAAGCAACAACAGUGUUCAACGCUUUAUGGAGCAGCACCAAGGAGGCAGGCAAAACAGAUCGCCAACUCCACCACUACCAGGCAAAAUAACCAGUGUCAGUGAAUUGGAAUCGCAGGUGAGGAGCCUAGCUGAAAUAGAGGGUGAGCUGUACAACUCGCACUCUCAUCACAACCGAAGCCAACACCAGCUUCACUUUGGGGAGCAGCCACCACACCAGAUGAUUCCUGAGCAGACAGCUUUCAACUCAUUCCUAGCUAACAUGCAGAUUAAGAGAGGUGCAGUCCAAAGGUCUCAUUUGAUAAAUGAAGAAAAGAGAUCCCCAUCACCAAUUGACCUUGUUCUUGGCAUGGGAGUAAAACGGCAAUCUCCGCUACCAUGGAAGGAUCAAGGCAUGGGCAACCUUCAUCAUCACCAUAUCCAGCAGAACCAGAUGCAUCAGAUGAAUACAUCUCUCCAGCAGCUUCUGCAGAACUCACAGGCUAAUCAGCAGCAGUCGAUUAUGAACCAACAUCAGUCAUUUACUGGUAGUCGCAUUGGACACAACUACAACACUCUUCAACCACCAAGACCAGCCACAAGGACUCCUUCCCCUGCAAAUGCAGAUGCUCUCUCAGUAGCAGCAAUGUUGAAGCAAAUGAACAACCAGCAAAGCCAGGAGCAACACAUGCAUGUGAUGGGACAGAGCCUAGCCACAGACCAACAGCUUGCAGCAAUUAUGAAACAGCCAACCCUCAGUGCAGACGUUGCUGCGCUAGCCAUCCUUCAACAGCAGCAGAAGCAACAGAAAGAGGUGUUUGGUGGGUCAUCUGCACCUGCAGGCAGAGCCCUCAGUCCUCAAGAACAAGUCCUCCAACAAGUGCUGUAUCAACAAGCUGCAGCUGUUGCUCGGGGACCUUCACCAGCAAACAUUGGAAAUGCAAUGCAAGCUGCACCACUUUCCACCACCCCAAUAAAGCAAGUCCAGUUACAAGGAUCACAAAUGAACAUGUUGACACCAGGAGUGAUGCAACCUUCUCCGAACAUGAACCGCAUCCCAUCUCCGCAGGAGCUCGCAGCUCACACGCAGAACAUCUUGCACAAUGCUGUCAUCAAGAGGCAGCUAGAAGUGCAGAAAGAGAAGUUCCUCGCGCGAGAGGCAGCCCGUAAGGCCCCUGCCGGUACGCCAGACAGGCAGCCAGUAAGGCCACCAGUGACACCUGCGUUCACACCGACUUCGGUCAUUCGCAAAAUGUAUGAGACCAAGGCAGAGGCAAAGAAUGAAGACCAGCAUCAUGACAGGGAGGAAAAUGAGAGCAACAGGAGUGUAAAACUAGAUCUAGGAAAAAAGCUGGAGAGUGCGUGUGAUGAACAAGAACACAAUAGACAGGAAGUAGCUAUGUCUCAGCCCCAUCCUAAUGACAUGCAAAGAGCGUUUGACGUGUCCUUCAGUUCACCAACUCGUAAAUUACACAAUGAACCUCAACAUCAUCACCAACAGAACUACCAGUCCCCUUCACCUGUCAACAACCUUGAUAUGUCCACCAAUCAAAGACCUACUCCCAUGCAGCGCUCACCAGGAAGUCACCAGUCACAGAAUCCUUCUGGUAACUAUGAUGGUAUCAAUUACAAGAAGAUCUUGGAGAUCCAGCGACAGCAGCAGCAGAAAGCAGCAUUAGCAGCUGUAGCAGGACAGUCGCAACAACCAAGUUCACAGGGGCAGGGCAUGUCUUCUGGACAUUCCAUGGCACGCCCUAUGCAUCAUGGAUUCCCGAUACAGAUGAUGCAGCGUGCUCCGUUGAUGCACGGUAUCCAUCCAGUACCUCAGCCACAUGGUAUGCAGGUGCCCAACACCUUUCAACAAAUGCAGAGAGGUCUGCAUCCGGGUGGCGUUGGUGGUCUGUCUCCAAUGAUGAUGAACACAAGAGCUGCCUUCCCAGGAGCAGCAGUAGUACAAGCUGGCCUAGUACACAACCAAACAACACCCCUUGGAGCAAGAAGAGAGUUCAACUUGGCGAAUCAACCGGUCAAAUUUGCUAGUGAGACCCCAACAAGAGCUUCGCCAGUGAAUCUUGCAAAAUGGUUCGGUAAUGAUCUCUUACAACACCCAAUGCCGCAAAUGCCACAGCACAAUGUGCUGGGUCAACGGGUAAUCUCGGUUGAGGAAUUAGAAAGACAGCAACAAGCUGUGGGAUAGGACGACAAAUGUCGCGGUCAAAUUAUUCCUCAGAUUUUCAUCAACUGUAAAAAUGUGACCAGAAAUGUAAAAUAGAAGCUUCCAGCCACCCAGUACAAGCAUCCUUUGUUAACAAUUCAUUAUUAAGAAUGUUUACAUAUACUUACUUAUGUGUUAUUGACAAAAAGCAUAUCAUUGUAAAAACAGAUCAUUAUAAGCAAUUAUGAGCAUUUACUGAGAUUGUAUUAAUAUUUGUUUACUUUCAUGCUUUGAAUUGCUAAUUUCAUGUGUAUACAAUAUUCCUGUGCCCCAGCACCGACUCACUGAGCAAGCUGUAUAAACAGAGCUGCUGAAAGGAGUGCGUUUAUUUGUGGUUUUUCCUAAGUUGGCAAAAUGAUAGUAGGGACUCCAUGUCAGUUCUGUCUUAAACAUAAUAUACAUUGAGAUGAUAACCCAGUGUCUUCAGUAUCAUAUCCAGCAAAAUGUAAGCGAAGGCUGUUGUAGAUUAAGCCCAUUUCCCUAAUUCAUAGUCCUGUUGGUUGCUAUAGAAACCAAUGUCAUUUCUUAAAAUGCUUUUCACUUAUUUGUGGUUAUUAUAUUACAUCAAAUGAUUUCACCUAAUGGUAUAUAACCCCAGUGCUUCAAAUGUUUAACUGCAUUGGCUAUUAUCCCAAGUGUUUAAAAUAUUUGGCUCAUUUUUUAGGUUAACCCCCAGCUCAAAAUAUAGGUCCCUGUGGAUGGUUUAAGCUAGAGACCUAACAAAAGAGAACAUUGUUUGAUGGUAACCCCAGACAACAUGCUUUAGAGCCAUCUCGGAGGUAUAUCCUGAGUAGCCAGCCCCCUUUCAGCAGCCCUGUGUCUAGUAUUAGAUAAUGUAUUUAAUGAUGCAAGAUGGCAAAUUAUUGAAUAGCUAUUAAUGUGUAGAUCAGUAGAUGUCUCUACAAUUGUCUUCUAAAUGUAUUUAUUUUUGUUCUUUGUAAGAGAGUGUAUAUAAGGAAGAAAAAACAAUUGAAAAGAACUUGUUAUUUGUAUUCUAAAAGUUAAAAUGAGGGGAAGUCACCCGGUUAUUUUUGUUCUGUAGUUAAAUGUUUACAUGGUAUGACUUGUCAAAUUCAAAAAAUCUGUAAAAUGAAAGGACAAAAAAAAAGGUUAAUUGUGUGAAUUUUUUUCAAAAAUUAUUUUUGGAAUUGAUAAUUUGUGUAAAAAAAUUGUGGUAGCUAAACACCUUAAGAGAUGUUAACUGUUGUAUGUAUUUCACGAGCUCAAGUUAAUAAAUUAAGAGCUCAGAUGCUGUUUUCAGUUGACAAGCUUCUGUACUUUAAAUAUGUAUUACCUUGUAACAAUUCAAAUUUGCAAGAAAAACCGUUAUGUAUAUAUUUUGUAAAAGGGUAAAUAGAAUUUGUUCUUGUCAUUUUGCUUAACAGUUUAAUGUGCAUAAAUUUAUGUUGCCAAAAAGUAAACAAGAAAAAUCUGAUUCUGUUUGAAGUAGAUUUAUUAUGGUAUUCAACGUAGUAAUUUACAAAUCAUAAAUUAAAUUUAGCAUUCAUGCAGUGUGAAUGAGUUACAUGUUUGUAUAAUAUAUAUAUAUAUAUAUAUAUAUAUAUGUAUAUAUAUAUAUAUGUAUGACUGUAAACUUUAGCAGUGUCUAAUAAUGGUCAAUGAAUGUAUAGCCAUUCAGAAUAUACAUAUAUACAUUGCAUGUAUCCGUGAAUGCUGCACCAGUUUGUUUUUAUUUUUAUUAAUUAUUAUUUGUUGUAAUUGUUCUCCCCCACCCCCCUCUUGGUUUACCCUUCAUAAGGAAAUGAAGUUUGAAGAUCCUCAUUUAUAUAUCUUUUCUCAUAAUGUUGUAUUGUAAAUGUGAUUUAGUUGUGUUUAAUAUUACCGUCAGGAUUUAAUUUAUUGUAAACUUCAUUCUUAUGUGUAUAUCCUGAUAAUUCUAAUUCUUUAAAAGAAUAUCAUAGACUAAUUUCCUUUUGUGAAAUGAAUUAUUGUGAAAUUGACGUCGUGAGAAAGGAUUAUAUCUAAAACAUAAAAUUUGGUGGUUUAUUUGUAGAUUCAGUCAUAACAAUUGCGGGCCAUGUUUGUUGUCUUUGGGAUUUUUUUUUAAAGUUAUUCAAUUGUUUUCUAGCAUUGAAAAAACCCUUUAAUGAUUUCAAUUGUGGGUCCAAGUAUUUUUUUUUUUGUUUUUUGAUGUCAAAAGAAAAAGAAACAAAUUAUGCUAGCUUCUUGUAACUUUGAUAGUUACUAAGAUAAGUUUUUUGCUGUUGGAAUUUGUUUCAUAUUUUGCUUGUUUGUCAACCGUGAACCGUGAAAUAAACUUGAAGCAACAAAA